CGGUAAAAUUAAUCAAUACAUCCACUUAGAAUGAAGACAGAAAACAGCCCAUCCUCGUGCCGCGAACAUUCAUCGUUCCUUGAAAUCGAUCAAAAGGUGAAUGAGAUGUGCGCCGGCUGCAGCAACCCCAUCUCCGACCGCUUCCUGCUGAGAGUAAACGACCGACUGUGGCACGAAUGCUGCGUGAAGUGCGCGGCGUGUUUACAGAUCCUUUCUGGAACCUGCUACUACCGCAACCGGCAGCUUUACUGCAAAGAAGACUACGAAAAGUUGUUCACCACUAAAUGUAACAGCUGCUUGAAGGUGGUAAUGCCAUCCGAACUUAUCAUGCGCGUCCUCGACAAUGUUUACCACGUGGCUUGCUUCUACUGCUGUGAGUGUGAGAAGAAACUGGAGCGAGGAGACGAGUUCGUCUUGAAAGAAGGACAACUGCUAUGUCGCAGCGACUAUGAGAGGGAGAGAGAGAUGCUCAGUGCGUUUAGCUUAACGCCCGCCGGAUCAGUUAAAAGUGAGGAUGAGGAUGGGUGUCACACCCAUGGUAAAGGAAGCGACGAUGCAAAAGAUGUCAAACGCUCUAAAAGACCAAGGACCAUACUGACCACACAGCAGAGAAGGGCAUUCAAGGCGUCAUUUGAAGUGUCUUCUAAGCCAUGCAGAAAGGUGAGGGAGACGCUGGCAGCAGAGACGGGGCUGACCGUUCGCGUUGUUCAGGUUUGGUUCCAGAACCAGAGAGCCAAGAUGAAGAAGAUAGCAAGGAGGCAGCAACAACAAGAUCACGACCAACUGGCAACACAACGCCUGGGAUCGGCCUGCAGGAACCGAAGGAACAGCAGACAGAGCAAUGAGGACAGCGAAGAUGGUGGCAGUGGUAUAGAAGGAGUUAUUUUGCCAUACUCCAGAAUGGCGCAACAGUCUCUUCUUUCAUUGGAUCAAAGUGUCUACAAUACAGACCUGUACAGACAGGGCCUCACACCUCCACAAAUGCCCGGUGACCAUCUUCAUCCAUAUGACACAGACAGCGUUUUCCACGACAUGGACAACGAUGGUUUGAGUUAUCUCGCAGGAUCUUUGCUGACAUCUUCAGAGAACAACAGCCUACAGGCCCGCAUUGGACCCAUUGACCGCCUGUACUCCAUGCAGAGCUCCUACUUUGCCUCCUGACAUGAUCAAUGAUUCGUCUUUGUCCCCUUUUCAGAUGUUUGUACGAGUUGGGCAAAUAUCUUCAGAUUUGACAUAUGGACUAUAACUUUGUUUGUCUGUUUUGUAGGUUUAGUUAUAACUUCUAUUUAGCCCAAGAACAUGCUGUACCUUG